AUGGGCCGGCUUCGACACAGCUUAUCCCACCCAUUUCGCAGAUUUAAGGGGGCUGUUAAUGUGCAGAGCGAGGAAGACCAGGUGAAGAACCAAGAUAACACGGGCGGAACUCUACUACCAACCUCUCCCAGCCAGUCUACUAUCCGGACAGUCCAGUCAGCAGAAACCUCCAGGCCACUGGACUUAUGGAAGACCGCCUAUGGCCAGCUAGAUGAGGAGGAUCGAAGGAUUUUAUCAGAAGUCCAAGUUACUGCAAGCCCCAUUUAUCAGGAAGAUCAACCGAGAGAUUUGAUUGAGGAGGUAAUUCACCUAACGACAGAGCAAUACGAGCAAUAUCAGCAGGAGGCAACGGGAAAGCUUCGAACAUCCUCUAGAAAAAUCAUCAAUGCGGCACUCUCAUUUAAAGAUAUCAUUGGCGCUGUUGCGACUUUCGACCCUACCCAGCAUGCAGCUAGUGCUUGGGCAAUCGUGUCAUUGGGGUUAACAAUGACUAAAAAUCGUCAUGACCUACGAGAUGCCUUGUUUGACUCUUCGGAAUACCUAGCGGAUGUUCUCGCGCAGUGUGCCUUUAUUGAAAAGAAGUUUUACCUUGACAGCAGCUCCAAGACCAAGGAGGAUCUAGGAAAUGCAUUAAUUAAACUCUACAGAGCCAUGCUACACUAUACAGCACUGGUACAAAUGACGCAGAAUGCUAGUAUGGGAAAGAAGGUGCUAAACAGUUUUACUAUUAUUACUGAGCAUCCGCUCACAGAGCUCAAGAAUUCAGUGGAAAAGGAAAGGGGCGAUUUACACAAGUUGGUUGGAUUAGUCAGCCACCUGCACCAUGAAGAGAAAGCAGAGAGUAUCCUAUACAAGAUCGACGAGCUAGCUGACUCUAUGAAGCUGCUUAUUGAACAGUUUAGCCUUGUGAACCUACAUGUCGCGGAAGGAGCAUUCUAUGAUUCUUACGUCAAUGAACAUGAGGAUUUCUGUCUUCCAGGAACCAGGACCGAACUUCGUUCCCAGAUUUCAGAGUGGGCCAAGUCGUCAGACGGUAAAUGUAUAUUUUGGUUGAAAGGAAUGGCGGGGACAGGGAAGUCUACUAUUUCCCGGACGGUGGCACAAUCUUUCAAGGAGCAAGGACUGCUCGGUGCCACGUUCUUUUUUAAGCGAGGCGAAGCCGAACGUGGUAAUGCGAAAUACUUGAUAUCGACUAUCAUAAAACAGCUGGUAACCAGUCACCGGGGACUGGUGCCUCAUAUCUUGAAUGUUAUCAAGAAUGAUCUGAAUAUCUCGUCCAAAUUUCUCAGUGAGCAGUUUGACAAGCUUCUUUACCAGCCCCUGCUUAAACUCCAUCUAAACCAAUUAUCAACCAUUGUGAUUGUUAUUGACGCAUUAGAUGAGUGUGAUCGGGAAGACGAUAUAGGGGUUGUACUUCGACUUUUGUUCAAAUUACGGGAUAUCAAAUCUGUACAUGUGCGAAUAUUCCUGAGCAGCAGGCCUGAACUCCCAAUCCGUCUAGGGUUCAAGCAGGACAACAACCAUCAGGACCUGGUUCUUCAUGAGCUUCCUAAGCCAGUGAUUGAGCACGACAUCCGCCUGUUCCUGGAACAUAAGCUUUCAGAAAUACAGAAUGGGCGCUCACUCCCGCCGGCUUGGCCUGGGAAGAAAGCAACCGAAGAGUUGGUGCAGAUAUCUGUUCCAUUAUUUAUUUUCGCGGCCACAGCAUGCCGCUUUAUUGAAAAAGGAACACACCCAAAAAAGCGACCCCAGAAGGUGCUUGAAUUUCAAGCAACUACAGCAGCAAACCAGAUGGACAAAAUAUAUCUACCAGUUCUAAACCAACUCACAGGCGAAAGUAAAGAUGACUCACAGGAGCUUCUAGAAGAGUUUCGACAUAUUGUUGGGGUUAUUAUUCUCCUUGCUACCCCGCUCUCUAUUGAAUCUCUUGGCCGGCUUCUUCAAAUACCAGGAGAAGAUAUCAGCGAGCUACUGGAUCAUUUAAAUUCAGUCCUUUAUAUACCAAGCCACACAAAGGAUCCAGUGCGCAUCCUGCACUUAUCAUUCCGAGAUUACCUCCUGAUCACAGAAAGCCCUUUCCGUAUCAACAAACAAGAGACACAUGAGAAACUAGUAUCGCGUUGUCUUCACGUUAUGGAGAAUAAGCUCAUGCAUAAUAUCUGUGGUAUGGCAAGUUACGGAACACAGCGCUUGGAUGUGGACAAUGAAAUCAUUAAGCGGCACCUCUCAGCAGAGUUGGAAUAUUCCUGUCAAUAUUGGGUAUACCAUCUUCAGCAAAGUAAAGGUCGAAUCUCUGAGACUAAGAUUUUGUCUUUUCUUAAACAGCAUUUCCUGCACUGGCUGGAAGCGCUGAGCUUACUUGGAAUCAUAUCUGAGGCAGUAGUGAUCCUAGAUACACUAAAGUCAGGUAUCUGGCUAAGUAGUGGCUAA